AUACGAAAGUCUUCCAAAACUAAACCUAUAACGGAUUCGCUGUCAGUCAUUAAAAUCAUCGUAUUACUAUAUUGAUUAAACUAAAUAUUCCUAUUAGAAUUGAAAUCAGUGACUAAUUUAAGGGCUUGACUCACCAAUUGUUUACAAGUAGGUCGUGAAGCUAUUCGAUCAUUAUCAAAUCCAUUUCUAUUUCUUUUUUUUAAAAAGGGAUUCCAAAUGCUUCUUAAAAGCAGGUAUUGCUUUCUUUUGUUAAUGGCAAUCGCAUCCCUUGCGAUGGCAUCGUUGGAUGCCAAACAGAUGCUGGAAGCUCCUAGACGAUCAUCUGUCAUUGCUAACUUUCGAGGGGAUUUAGGUAUUUUUUUGGAAUCGAAUUAUUCUUUUAAAGAUCAUAGUUUCUCCUCUGGGAUUUACCUUGUUAACAGUACAACCAAAAAUCAUCAAGAGCUAUUAGUACCCGGAAAGGAAUCGAAGUCUCCACAAUGGAUCACAGACCAUUCUUUCCUUUAUGUGAAGGAUGUUGGGGAUUCAAGAUCGAGCAUAUUUGUGUUUGACAUUGACAGUCGUUCCGAAUUUGGUCUAUAUGAUCACAGUGCCCCUAUUUCGGAAUUAUCGAUCGUGAAGGAUUCUGGCCGUUACAGAGUAAUCUUUAGUUCCGUCGAUGCUUCCGGAAGAUAUGAACCUUCUGACCAUUCCAAUGUUCAUGUCUAUGAUAGUCUGUUUGUCAGACAUUGGGACCAUUGGAAGACUGGAGAAAGGAACUGUCUCUAUUCCAUCAUCCUUGAACAAGACUCUGAAAACAUUCGUACACUUCAUUCAGUUACGUCUACAGCUACAGACCUUUUAAAAGAUACUGGGCUUGAAUGUCCUAUAGAACCAUUCGGUGAUUCAACAGACUUUGAUGCUACAUUCAAUGAAUUAGUUUUCGUUGCUAAAGACCCGCAUUCUAACCCAGCAACCCAAACAAGGACAGUUGUUUAUUUGUUGAACAUGACUACUCUGAAGUUAAAAACCCUAAGUACAGCUAUGGGUGCUUGCAGCUCUCCUAUAAUAUCAGAAGACGGCUCUAAAAUAGGUUGGUUAGAAAUGAGAACACCACAAUACGAAAGUGAUCAGAACCAAAUCAUAAUAUACCAUCCAAAAACAGGAAAGAAACAACAUAUUGUUAGAAAAUGGGACCGCUCUCCUGCUUCUAUUCAAUGGGGUACUUUACCUAAUGGUGAAAAAGGUUUGUAUGCUACAGCUGAUGACGAGGGAAGAAAAAAUUUGUUUUUUAUUUCCAUGAAAAGGGACAUAGUCAUUCCUUUAACCAAAGACGGGAGUGUUUUAUCGGUUUCGAAUUCCAAUGGACCUGAAUUAUGGCUAAGUAAGUCCUCUUUCGUUCGCCCCAAAUAUUUUGUUCUAUACGACGUUGCUAAGAAGGAAGAAAAACUCUUGCUGGAUGCAAAUCUUGGUUUGAAGAAAUCUUCAUAUGAAGAGAUAUGGUAUAGCGGAACAGGUGGUCGCAAAAUUCAUGGAUGGCUUGUCCGACCACAAAAUUUCAACGCAUCGAUAACAUAUCCUCUUGCAGUGUUUAUUCACGGAGGUCCCCAGGGGUCAUGGACUGAUACUUGGUCUACUCGUUGGAAUCCCGCAGUGGUCGCAAAUUCUGGAUUCAUCGUGUUUACCAUUGAUCCCACUGGAUCAACUGGAUACGGCCAAGGAUUUACUGAUGAUAUCGCCUUAAACUGGGGAGGACGGCCAUAUCAAGACAUUGUUCGUGGUGUUGACUAUAUCACGAGUAAAAUUCCCUAUGUCGAUGGAAGUAGAAUGGUGGCAUUGGGUGCUUCCUACGGCGGCUAUAUGAUUAAUUGGAUUCAAGGCCAUCCUUUGGGACGUCGUUUUCGAGCUCUAGUAUGUCAUGACGGAGUUUUCAACACACUCAACACAUUUUAUAGCACAGACGAGUUAUACUUCCCUAUCCAUGAUUUUGGUGGGACUCCUUGGGAGAACAGAGCUGUAUAUGAACGUUGGAAUCCUUCUAAUUUUGUCGACUACUGGGCAACCCCUCAACUCAUUAUCCACAGCUCAAAAGACUAUCGUCUAACAGAAAGCGAGGGAAUUUCUGCCUUCAAUUCACUCCAAUACAAGAACGUUCCUAGCAAGCUUUUGAUUUUCGAGGAUGAAAACCAUUGGGUCCUCAAGCCCGAGAAUUCUUUGCGUUGGCAUAAUGAAGUUUUGAGUUGGAUUACCAAAUUUGUGAAUGAUAAUUGACACAAAAAUUAUUAUUCAGCUAGAUUCUAAUUCAAAAUGUGUCUUUCCUUUCUUAGUAAUGUUUCUUCAGGAAAUACCGCGAUUUCCGGAUAAUGCCGUAUACUUUAGCAUCGAUACCAGAUCAAUCAAAUUUCUUUCUUUCGAAGAAACGUAAAACCAAGUAAAAUACUAGCCAAGAAUUUCAGUAAAGUUCAAUAUUUUUUUGAUAAUAUCUAUCUCUAAU